AGUAGUGUAACACGAUCAAUAAAAGUUAGUAGCAGCUGCUCCUUACUUCCACCAAAAAAUUAAACUUAUUCCCCGCAUAACAUGUUUAUCAAAAUAAUCAUAGUGACAAAAAUUAUUAAAAAUUAGUGAUUAAUCAAUCAACUACUUUUAGAGUGUAGUUACAAGAAAAAUGCCUCUUUCUGACAUCAUCAAACGGGCUUCAACCCUCAUUUUAGGGUAUGAAACUGAAAAACUCUUAGAAUACGAAGAUAACGAAGUUUUAUUUUGCAAAAACAACGUUUGCGUUCAUCCCCCGGCUAUGAUAAGGCAAGAUACCGAUAUUUUACAUCAUCCUGGUUAUCUCACCAUAACGACGAAGACAUUUAUUGAUCAAUAUAACGAAGCUAAAAGACCUACAUUGUAUUUAACUUGGAUACCAAACACAACUUUACGUAAAUGCCCAAACGCUUUGCAAAACUCUCCAGCAAAGAUUUGUUACGAAAAACAAAACAGUUUUGAAAGUAUCACCUCGAACGAUUCCUCCUCAAUAAUUUCUUUCAAUUUAGAGCGACCGCAAAGUAUCGAAUUGAAGUGUACAAAUCCGUUUUUGAAUUACGACGAUAAACAGGACAACAAUUUAGAAUCGAUUUGUUUGGAUGAAAACGAUAAAUUGGAAUUUAUCAACAUAAACGUUGAGAUAAGCAACCCGGAUAUUGAAAUAACCACAACUCCCGAUAGUGUUAAAUCAUCGCCGUUUUCGCGUUCCGAAUCGGUUACUUCGAAUGAUAGCUCGAUUAAUUGGAUGUCAACGCCGGAAUUUUUAGCUCAAAAGCACAAUUUAACAUUUCCCGACAGCGCUAAUUGCUCACCGAUUUUACCAAGUAAACAACCGCAUAAAUGUAGACGAUUUAGCGUCGAUUUAAGCCAAAUGAGAUCGUUAAGAUUAUUCUUUAGCGAUUCGAAUUGUACUUGUGGACAGUUAGUUGUUGCCUCACGUGAAUCUCAAUAUAAAAUUCUUCAUUUUCAUCAUGGUGGUUUGGAUCAUUUAGCUCAGGUUUUACAUCGAUGGCAUUCUUUAUUACACAGUAUCAAAUAUGCAAAAGGUUGUGAUGAUAAUUUACCUUAUCGACACUUUAUGGUAUGUAGACCGGAAGUAUCCGAUUUAGAACUUCACCCGGAAGAAGGUCAAGUUCCAAAACUUACCGAAGAAUUAUUUCGGUGUUUAUUUAACGAACAUGGUCAAAUGGAAGAUGAUUUAACUUUGAGAAAAUCCGUAUUUUUCGCUGGCAUGGAGAGAACGCUCAGGAAAGAAGUUUGGCCUUUUUUAUUGCAUUGUUAUCCUUAUAAUAGUACUUACGAAGAAAGAGAACAAAUUGCAGAAAUUCGAAGACAGGAAUAUGAUGAAAUAACAAGAAGACGCUUAGAUUUAAACGGAAACCAAUUAAAUCAAUUUAAAAGAAAAGUACAAAGUGUAGUUGAAAAGGACGUUGUAAGAACGGACCGAGCAAAUCCAUUUUUUGCGGGAGAUCCAAACCCUAAUUUAGACAUAAUGAAAAACAUCUUAUUAAAUUACGCCGUGUAUAACCCAGGUUUGGGGUACACACAAGGAAUGAGUGAUUUAUUAGCCCCCGUUUUAUGCGAAUUACGCGAUGAAGUAGCCGCGUUUUGGUGCUUCGUUGGAUUAAUGCAAAGAGCCGUUUUUGUGGCAACCCCAACCGAUCGAGAUAUGGAUAGAUCAUUAAAAUUUUUACGGGAAUUGGUUAGGAUUAUGGUCCCGAAGUUUUACGAUCACCUUCAAAAGCAUAAAGAUGCGAAUGAAUUAUUGUUUUGUCACCGUUGGAUUUUAUUAUGUUUUAAACGAGAAUUUACCGAAGGGGUUGCUUUGAGGAUGUGGGAAGCUUGUUGGGCGAAUUAUUUAACGGACUAUUUCCAUUUAUUUCUUUGUUUGGCGAUAAUUUGCGUUUACGCCGAUGAUGUAAUCGCCCAAGAUUUAAAAGCGGAUGAGAUGUUGUUGCAUUUUAGCUCUUUGGCGAUGUAUAUGGAUGGGCAAUUAAUUGCGAGGAAAGCGAGGGGGCUCCUCCACCAAUUUCGGCAACUUCGAGAAAUUCCUUGUACUUUAUCUGGACUUUGUAUGCGUUGUGGGCCUGGGAUUUGGGAUAGCUCUCAUAGCCCGAGAGUUUAUUGCACGGGGCAUGAACAACAACAACAUGGUUAUUGCCCAAAUGCGUUAUAAAGAAAUUUUAAGAUUGAAGUUUGUACAAUAAAUCAUAAAUAAAUCCAUAUCUGAAGCUGAAAUGAAAUUCUGUUAAUUAUAAUUAAUUAAUUAGAGUUUAUUGGAUUUGUUGCUCAUUUAUAGCUGUUUUAGUAGGAGAGUUUAUUGUAAUUUAGUCCUAAAAACUAUAUUAUAAAUUAUAAAUAAUAUAAAUGACGCUUUAACGAACAAAAA